CUGUUCAUGCUUGUGGUUCCUAAUCUUCGAAUUCACACAGAGCUAACGCGACCCUUUUUUCUUAUUUUCUUUUUGGUCCUUCUUUUGCUGUUUGCCAAUCCAACUAUCCAUUCCUCAAUUCUAUCAUCCGAGGGACUGCGUUCUAGGAUUCCUUAUUUUUGUUUCAAAUCGGAUCGACUUGAUUCGUGUUUGUAUAACCGUUGUUCUCAGUUGGUCGGUGCCUGGUGCGAUCUAAUCUGAGGAGUUGGGGAGAGAACCUGCUGACAAUAAUAUAGGAUGGCAGGACCCAAUAUGGAUCAGUUCGAGGCAUAUUUCAGGAGAGCGGAUUUAGACGGGGAUGGCAGAAUCAGUGGUGCUGAAGCUGUCUCUUUCUUUCAGGGAUCCAACUUGCCCAAACAAGUUCUUGCCCAGAUAUGGAUGCAUGCUGAUCAGGCCAAAACUGGAUUCCUUGGACGCACGGAGUUUUAUAAUGCUCUAAAACUAGUUACAGUAGCACAGAGUAAGCGUGAAUUAACACCUGAUAUUGUUAAGGCAGCAUUAUAUGGUCCUGCUGCUGCUAAAAUCCCUGCACCACAGAUCAAUCUAUCUGUUAUACCUCCACCACGACCAAAUUCAGUGGCUGCUGCUUCUGGACCGCAGGCAGGUGCUAGUAGACCGAUAUCAUCUCAGAGUUUUCCCUACACAGGACAAGGAUUAUCAGCUCCAGUUGCAAACCAGCUGUAUACUCAUUCCCAACAAAAUCUGACCAUGAGACCACCUCAACCCAUACCUGCUAGUAGUGCUGCUCGUCCACAACAAGGUUAUGCAGGUCCAGAUCUUUCUAGAGGGGUAAGCAUGGCGGGUCAAAAUCUCUCAAACCCAAGCAUGUUGAAUGAUUGGAAUGGUGGAAGGCCGGGUCCAAUGACUAUGAGGCCUGGGGGGGUAACUCCAUCAGUGCCCUUACCUGCAUCAACGUCACAAGCUCCAGUCUCAUCAAUUUCCCAGACAACAAGUAUUAACAAUAAAGCAUUACCUGUAUCUGGAAAUGGCUUCAAGCCCAAUUCAGCUUUUGGCAAUGAUUUAUUCUCUGCUGCUACAUCCACACCAAAACAAGAACCUACUCGGCAGAAUUAUUCUGCUACCAGCAUUCCUGCCUCAUCAGCCCUUGUUCCAGUUUCCAGUGGUGCUCCCCCUGCUAGUAAGCAGAGUGCACUUGAUUCACUGCAGAUUAUGAAUGGUCAGUUUCAACGCGUGCAACCAUCAUCAAACCCAAACCCACAGAUUUCAGCAGUAGCUUCCUCACUCACGUCACCUGGGGCAUCAGUUGGACCUGGAAAUACUAGUUCUGACAGUUCACACCUUUCUUGGCCAAAAAUGAAACCUUCUGAUGUACAGAAGUAUACAAAGGUGUUUAUGGAAGUAGACACUGACAGGGAUGGAAAAAUUACAGGGGAGCAGGCACGCAGUCUAUUUUUAAGUUGGAGAUUACCAAUAGAGAUCUUGAAGAAGGUGUGGGAUUUAUCUGAUCAGGAUAAUGAUAGCAUGCUUUCUUUGAGGGAGUUUUGCUAUGCUCUCUAUUUGAUGGAGCGAUAUAGGGAGGGUCGCACUCUUCCACCUUCCCUUCCGAAUAAUGUAUUAUAUGAUGAGACACUACUGUCUAUGACAGGCCAUCCAAAAAUUGCGUAUGGAAAUGCAGCUUGGGGUUUUCAGCAACAACCAGGGAUGCCAAGUGCACGGCCAGUGGUACCAUCAGCAGUUUCAAGAUCACCAGUUCAAGGACCUCCUUCCAGAGUUGAUGAUGGCACAAAGCAACCGAAUCAACAGAAGCCUGGUGCUCCUGUCUUGGAGGACUCCUUUUUGAACCUAAGUGAUAAUGGGAAGCAGGAUAAAGUUAACUCAAAGCCUAAUGAGGUGGCAGCUGGAGUGAAAAAGGAUGAAGUAACUGAGAACGUGAUCUUGGAUUCUAAAGAGAAGGUUGAAUUCUACCGUGACAAAAUGCAGGAAUUGGUUCUAUAUAAAAGCAGAUGUGAAAAUCGACUAAAUGAGAUCACAGAAAGGGCUUCUGCAGAUAAGCGUGAGGCAGAAUCACUGGCCAAGAAAUAUGAAGAAAAAUACAAACAAGUAGCAGAAAUAGCAUCCAAACUGACCAUUGAAGAGGCUAAAUUUCGUGAUAUACAGGAAAGGAAGACAGAGUUGCAGCAAGCAAUUAUCAAAAUGGAACAAGGAGGCAGUUCAGAUGGAAUUCUUCAGGUUCGAGCUGACCGAGUACAAUCAGAUCUGGAGGGGUUAAUGAGGGUUUUAGCUGAACGAUGCAAGAAACAUGGCAUAGAAGUGAAGUCCAUUGCAAUGGUUGAACUUCCUUUUGGUUGGCAACCUGGAAUUCUGGAGGCAGCAGCUGAGUGGGAUGAAGAUUGGGAUAAAUUUGAAGAUGAAGGAUUUGCCAACGAUCUUACUGUUGGUGCGAAUAGUGUUGCUUCGAAACCCAAAUCGGCAUUCAUUCAGGAAGAACAAGAUUUCUAUGAUGAUAAUUCAGUUCAUGGUUCAUCUGUGAAUGUGGAUGAAAAGAAAGGAAACUCUACAAUCAAUGGUGAUUAUACAUUUGAGAGUGAAUCUGCAUAUGUACACAGUGAAGAUGACACAGCGAGAAGCUCUCAUGAUAGUCCCACUGGAAGGACUAUUACAGGGAGCCCUACUCAAGAAUUUUCAAAUGUUCAUUUUGGAAAAAGCUCUGAAGCAGAUGCAGAGUCACACAGAAUUUUUGAUGAAUCGUCCUGGGGUGCCUUCGACAACAAUGAUGAUGUGGAUUCAGUAUGGGGUUUCAAUACAAAGGACUCUGACUCGGAGAAGCAGAGGGAUUUCUUUAAAUCUGGUGAGUUUGGUAUAAACCCAGUGAGGACAGGAUCUACAUUUACUGACAGCCCAUUUCAGACAAAGAGCUCGUUUACCUUUGAUGAUUCUGUGCCGGCAACUCCACUUUCCAAGUUUGGCAACUCUCCCAGGUUUAGCAACUCUCCAAGGUUCAGUGAGGCAGGAGAUCACUUCUUUGACAACAUGUCAAGGUUUGAUUCCUUCAGCGUCCAUGAUGGCGGAUUUUCUCCACAACCAGAGGGGCUUACAAGAUUCGAUUCCAUAAGUAGCAGCCGAGACUUUGACUACAGUCAAGAUAAGUUCACAAGGUUUGAUUCCAUGAACAGCAGCAGAGAUUUUGGCUAUAAUUCUGAGAGGCUGGGGCGGUUUGAUUCCAUCAAUAGCAGCAAAGAUUUUGGUUUUAGUCGUGAUAGGCAUACCAGGUUUGACUCAAUAAGUAGCACCAAGGACUUCGGUCACAGUGCAUUCUCUUUCGACGACUCUGAUCCAUUUGGCUCCUCUGGCCCAUUUAAGGUUUCUUCAGAGACUCAUUCGCCAAAGAAAGAUUCUGAUAGUUGGAGUGCAUUCUAGCAUGCGAUUUCACUUAGUGUUUCUUUCUUGUUUUUAUUACCUUGGUUGUUCAUGGUAGCCAAAUUUUUGUGUGUAUAGCUAGAAGUAAAGAUGGACGGUUGUAUUGUAUGGCAUGUAUUAUUUUGAAGACAAAUUACUUUUCUAUUUUUUCGGGUGAUGUGUGAGUGAAUGAGGGAUUUUGGGGGAAACAUUGGAAUAGAUGAAUUUUAAAUAUUGCUAUUGGCUGUGUACUGCUAUGUUGAAUUACAGGAGCUUACAAAGCCUUUGUUACAAUUAAUUCCUGUACAUUUGAA